UUUCAAACAGCUGCUUUAUCCGAAAAAAAAUAUACCCAGCAACAAGCAUGAGACCUCAGUCCCAAAAAUAACCCGCCUGGAGGUCACAUCAACUCAUAAUCAACAUGAGAGAUGAUGCCAAGACCGCAGGUGCCACCAACCCGGAUUAAAAUCGUGACUACAUUUCCAGCAUAGUCUAUUAUUUAAGCAAAGACCCUCAUAAAGCCCCUCGAAAUAAAGCCCCCGUGCCUAUAUGACGCAGCAAGGCUCUCCACAAAGCUGAUAGCCAUAUUAAAGGCAGCCGCCCUCCACCCACCCAUCAAUCUGAUGUGAAGAUCGAAAAUAGGAGGGCUUACAUGACUCUGCUCCACCACACUGGAGGGCGAGGAAACGCGUGGCAUCUUCCAGCAUCAGCACUGCCACGGUGCAGUGAACAGCAUCAUCCAUGCGUUUACCUCACAACAGCGGACAAUAAGCAGGAUAUACACGCGCUUUUUCCCGGGAUUUGAGCAGAAUCUGCGGAUGACCAGCAAUGGGGGAAUGGACCAUACUAGAGAGACUUCUGGAGGCUGCUGUCCAGCAGCACUCCACUAUGAUAGGAAGGAUCCUACUGACAGUGGUGGUGAUCUUCCGGAUUUUAAUCGUAGCUAUAGUGGGAGAGACAGUGUAUGACGACGAGCAGACCAUGUUCGUCUGUAACGCCUUACAACCGGGCUGUAACCAGGCGUGUUACGACAAGGCUUUCCCCAUAUCUCACAUCAGAUACUGGGUCUUUCAGAUCAUCAUGGUCUGCACGCCCAGCCUGUGCUUCAUCACGUACUCGGUGCAUCAGUCGGCCAAGCAGAAGGAGCGGCGAUAUUCCACCGCCACCGUCCUCCUGUCGCUGGAUAGCAAAGAGCAAGAGUCCCUGAAGCGCGAGGAGAUCAAGAGCCAAAAGAUCAAGAACACCAUCGUGAACGGAGUAACGCACAGCGUGGAUAACACCACCAAAGACCCCGAGCCCGACUGCCUGGAGGCCAAAGAGCUGAUCACGUCGAGUUCGGGCAAGCCCGUCAAGUCGAAAAUGCGUCGCCAGGAGGGCAUCUCGCGCUUCUACAUCAUUCAGAUCGUGUUCAGGAACGCGCUGGAGAUCGGCUUCCUGGUGGGCCAGUAUUUCUUGUACGGAUUCAACGUGCCCGCCGUGUACGAGUGCGACCGGUACCCGUGCAUCAAAGAGGUGGAGUGUUACGUGUCCAGGCCCACGGAGAAAACCGUGUUCCUCGUCUUCAUGUUCGCGGUGAGCGGCUUUUGCGUGGUGCUCAAUCUGGCCGAGCUCAAUCACUUGGGCUGGAGGAAGAUCAAAACGGCCGUGAGGGGCGUCCAGGCCCGAAGGAAGUCCAUCUAUGAGAUCAGGAACAAAGAUCUGCCCCGCAUGACCAUGCCCAAUUUCGGGCGCACUCAGUCCAGUGACUCUGCCUACGUGUAAUCCAGGCUGCGCAGAGAGCGCACAGAAGAAAUCAAAAAAACACCCCACGGACGAGUCCCUUCGCCGCGUAAGGUUCAUGAAAUGCAAGCAGUCGGGUAGGACGUUUUUGUUACCGUUCGUUUUAAAGACUCCAUUGACUUCAACUGUGGAUGACAAACACGUUUGUAAAACUAUACGAUGCAACUUUUGUACUCUGAGAUGUAGUAGCCUACACACAAAGAGCAAACACUGAUACCCGAAUGCGCGUUCCCUCUCCAAACGAGCUGCGGUUGCGCUUUACAUCACAGUGCCCGUGUUACACACAACGCAUGCCGAUACGAUUGAUUUAUCAUCAUCAUCAUCAUCCUUUUAUCUAAUUGCACCGGGAAACAAUAGCAGAUGAAGUACGAGUACUCAUGUCAUUGCACUGUGACAUGCGCAGUGGCAUGUGAAGCGUGACCGAAGCUGCUCAACUAAAUACUUGAAGGGAGCGAACAGAGUACGUUUUGCACUAACGAGAUGCUGCUGCCGACAGUAUCAGUUUUUGACAUCACAUUUAGUGCACAUCGGGAGAGUCUUACAGUCAACCACACAUUAACAUUUCCAUAUAUGAUUUCUCUCUUUUGGUUGCCUGUACCGCACCAUUGACCUUAACGUAGGCUACUAUAUGUGAUUCAUUACAUUGCAAAACUGCUGUCUGUCUGUCUGUCUGUCUGUCUGUAUGAGUGAAUUUGCUGCAAACGCUUAAAGUCUGUGGUUUUAUUUCAACACCAAAGCGCUUCUUUCAUUUGUGAGGUGUCUUUCCGCUUGUGUAAUCAAGUGCCAUACGUGUAUAUAAAUAUAUGCAUAUAUAAAUGCAUAUAAAAUAUAUAUAUAUCUAUAAAAAUAAUAUAUAAUCAUAUCCAUAAAGCAGAUUUAUUGCUUGAAUUAUGCUUAAUGCGUCCAGAUUUGCUUUAUCUGUAUUCGUUGUAAAUGAACUGAAAACAGCUUUUUUUUCUAUCUUUCAUUUUAAAAAGGCCAGAAAGUAAAUAAAGAGCUGGUCUUUAAUUCAUACAGGGCAGCAUCUCUUUCCUCAUCUGUAAUGACAGAACAAAUCAAACAACCUUUCUGCUGCUGUUUUCAGAUCCAGAAAUCUUUGUAAUCCAUAACAUAUGUGAUAUUAAUGUACACGAAUCAUUUAAGGAGACAGUGCUCAUCAUUGUCUGCAGUUUUUCUUCCAGUCUCGAUGCAAGUGUGUAUGACCAGACGCGUGCUUUCGUGUAUAUGACUUGUUUUUUUAUGAUAUAAGGCCUUGAUCAAAAAUGAAAUCUGGUGCAUUAUUCUAUUGUUCGAUCACGAUGAUGAUUUUUCUUUUAGUGUUGUUAAUAUUCAUUACUGUUAUUAUGCCACCACAUAUUUAUGAGAAAUCUGUGUGCCCGGAGAGGAGUCGACCUUUCUUGAGUUGUCUGCAUUUCUAAGCUUGAAGGGAAAGUAUUGCAUGUUUAAGAAUUUAUAUUCAGGAGUGAAAUCUACACGCCGUUUGCUGGGGUAUCGAUAUACCACCCCUGCCCGUACCGAUGCUUAUGAAACAACUUGUGGACACAUCUUGAAGGUCACUGGGGAUAAAGAUAGAGAGAGACUUGGAAGAACAUUGUGACUCUGUUUGGAACGGACCGUCUGGGAUCAUCCGGGGCCGGGUGUACCGCGCAACACCUGACGGGAUGACCUGGCAAAGCUGGGAUUAUAUGGAGAGCUCUGGUACGGACACAUCAGACUGAACUCGUGGGGGAUUUAAGGGGGAGGGAGCUGGGGAACGGAAAGACAACUGAAGAAAUAUGAACCGCUUGGCUGUAUGGUGCAAUAUUCCAUUUUCUCUCUGUUAUUUCCCACUCCUUGGAAAAGCAUUCCAGGAUUGCACAAUUAACUUACAACUCUGAGAUUUGUACAACUCUCUGGUCCUCACCGAGAUAUUGUAAUGACCAGAGAGAUUCAAACAAGAGGUUUUAUUGCAAACUGAAUUUAAGGACUGUACUGGACCUAAACAGCAAAGCUUUAAUAAAACAUUAACUUGUAUCUUCCUUGCCUUAUAUGUAUAUAUACACACUCGCCUAUAUACUGCAGUCCCCACCCACCCUCCAGUGCAAUGUUCUCUCAUUUUCACCUGCAACAGCAGACAUGAGAUGUGUUCUUUUAUUUCUUACAGCACAGUGAUUGGGUUAUGUACGACUGUAAUUCUGCAUGCUGCGAUGCGUUUGUCAUCAUGUGAGCGUUGGAGGCACUUUGGUCAAACGAUACCUGCGUUACUCCACAGCAGCAGACCGAGGCUUGUGGUUGCGUCACGUGUGCCGCACCAAUGCAGCAACGGUUUAAUGUGACAGAUGUAGAGACAUUAGAGAUGCAUUCUGCACGCCCAGACGUCUCUUGCUGAUUUACAAACGAAAAAGUGUCUUGUUCAUUUAUUUAUGACUAGCAUGGGAUGCUGUUGUUUCAGGUACACAAAUGCAGAGGAAUCCAAUUGGGUCUUAUGUUUGAAUUCUUUAUCGUGACCCGGUCGAGCUGCAGAUCCUCAUGUGCAGUCUCCUUGAAAACUCGUUGUAAUUUUAUCCUGAUAGAUUUGCAUAUUGAUUAAAGGGUCUUGCAUGCAGAUCAUGGCAGUGAACACCGGGCUGUUCCCUUUUCUUAACAAUCAAGCCUACGGUCUUUGUGUUUUAAGGCUGUGUAAACUGAAUAAAAUGGAGAUGGAUGUUA